AUGUCACGUACACUGAGGGUUGCAAGCGCCCAGCUGGGAGCAAUUGAUAUUGAUACCCCGCUGGCAGACGUCUUGGCGCGGAUGAACAUACUUUUGGAUGAGGCCCACAAAAAUGGCUGUACAUUGGUUAACUAUCCAGAGCUCUGCUUCAGCACGUUUUUUGCCAGACACCUCAUUCCUUUCGGCCCCGAGCUGGAUAGAUGGUUCUGCAAAGGCGACAUUCUAACAAACCCAGAGUACUCGCCAUUUUUUGAGCGAGCCAAAGGCUAUGGCAUCAGUGUCUGUGUUGGCUAUGCUGAACUGACCGAGGAUGGGGAGCACUUCAACACUGCGAUUUUUGUGGAUGGAGACGGAAACCUGAUCAACAAGUACCGCAAGAUGCAUCUUCCUGGUGACAAGGAGCCACGGGAAAAUGUACCAGUCCAGCACCUGGAAAAGCGAUAUUUUAAGGACGGAGACCUUGGGUUCAAGGCGUUCAGGUGGCCUGGCACCAAAGUGAAGGAAGGACCUAUUCUGGGACAGCUUAUCUGCAAUGACCGCAGAUGGGCCGAGUCGUGGCGUGUUCUCGGCCUGCAGGGUGCAGAGCUUGUACUUAUUGGCUACAAUACUCCGUCCACCUCAUCCAACGGCAUCGACGGAGUGCUGGUUGAUGCUUCAAAAUCGGAGGAGAUGGCCAUGUUUCAUAACGAGCUAUGCUGCCAGUACAACUCGUACGCCAACUGUACGUUUUCUAUCUGCACGGCUCGCUGUGGCCUAGACGACGGUAAAUGGGACAUGAUCGGCGGCUCGGUUAUCGUCAACCCAUACGGCGAGAUUAUUGCACGAAGCACCACCAAGGGAGACGAGCUGACGUGGGCCGACAUCGAUCUGGAUCUGUGUAUUGGCACACGCAAGCGCAUUUUCGAUUUUUCGAGACACAGACGGCCCGAUCAGUAUACACUGAUCAGCACCCAAAAGGAAGUGAUUCCUCCUCCAGCUUUACUUUGA